AUGCUCUUGUUUCUUAAAUACCUCAAUGUAUCUCACAAUAAAUUAAGAGGAGAAAUUCCAAAUGGUGGACCUUUUGCAAACUUCACUUAUCAGUCUUUUUUGUCAAAUGAAGAUUUGUGUGGUGCACCUAGGUUCCUAGUGCCUCUCUGCAAGAGUAGUUCUCUUGAAAGAUCAAAGAAGAAAAUAAUGCUUCUAGUUGCAUAUAUCUCACUAGCAGUUGCAUCUAUGGUUUUGGCAUUGGCCUUGAUAUUCUUUUUGAUCAAACGACAUAGGAGAAGUAAUGUUCCCCAUGAAAAUGAUUUGUUACCUCCAAUAACCCAUGGAAGAAUUUCCUACUACGAACUUCGACAUGCAACUCACGAGUUCAGUGAAAUCAACUUGCUUGGCAUGGGUGGUUUUGGUUCAGUUUACAAAGGAAUUCUUGCGGAUGGGACGCAUUUGGCUGUAAAAGUUUUCAAUUUGCAACUAGAAGGUGCAUUGAAUUGUUUUGAUACAGAAUGUGAAGUAUUAUGCAACCUUCGCCACCGCAAUCUCACCAAAGUUAUCAGCAGUUGCCCUAAUCUUUAUUUCAAAGCAAUAGUACUCGAGUAUAUGCCCAAUGGAAGCCUUGAGAAAUGGUUGUAUUCCCAUAACUAUUUCUUGGACAUCUUGCAAAGAUUAGAUAUAAUGAUAGAUGUCGUAAGUGCAUUGGAUUAUCUGCACCAUGGCUACCCGAGUCCUGUGAUCCACUGUGACUUAAAGCCUAGCAAUGUCUUGCUAGAUGAACAUAUGGUUGCACAUGUCAGUGAUUUCGGCAUUGCAAAAUUAUUGGGUGAGGAGAGUAUUGCAAUAAACAAGACUCUGGCAACAUUGGGCUACAUUGCACCAGGACAAAUCCCUGUGAUGAAAAGUUCGCUGGAGAUGAGCCUCAAGCAUUGGGUGAAUGAUUGCCUACCAAAUGAGAUAAUCCAAGUUAUAGAUGCCAACUUAGUAACACCAGAAGAUGAAUACUUGACUGUGAAUGUGCAAUGUGUAUCAUCCGUAUUGGAAUUGGCUCUAAAGUGCUCCAUAGAAUCACCUGAAGAGAGGAUUAGCGUGAGGGAGGUUGUUGCAGCUCUCCAGAAGAUUAGACUUCAAUUUCUUGCAAAGUGUGAAAGGCCUUGA